ACUGGGGAGCACGAGCCGGCGGGUGGCGCGCAGCGUAUGGUGGCGGCUCCUCUCGGAGCGCAGCCGACCCGCUGACCCGGGCUCCGUUUCCCUUGCCCGGCGCGCCCCGACGACCGGCUGGAGGCCGAAACAACAGCAGCCUUAAGAGCAGCAGCGGCCGCGGCUGCUCCGCCGCCACCGUCUCCGCGGGAGCAUGGAGUGCGCCCUGGACGCCCAGAGCCUGAUCAGCAUCUCCCUGCGCAAGAUCCACAGCUCCCGGACCCAGCGCGGCGGCAUCAAGCUGCACAAGAACCUCCUGGUGUCCUACGUGCUCCGCAACGCGCGCCAGCUCUACCUAAGCGAGCGCUACGCCGAGCUCUACCGGCGCCAGCAGCAGCAACAGCAGCAGCAACAGCAGCAGCCGCCCCACCACCAGCACCAGCACCUCGCGUACGCGGCGCCCGGCAUGCCGGCCAGCGCGGCCGACUUCGGCCCGCUCCAACUUGGCGGCGGCGGGGACGCGGAGGCGCGCGAGCCGGCCGCCCGGCACCAGCUGCACCAGCUCCACCAGCUCCACCAGCUGCACCUCCAGCAGCAGCUGCACCAGCACCAGCACCNGCCUGCUCCGCGCCCUCCGCGCCCCCAGCGGCCGCCCCUCAGGGCCGCUGCUGGCGCCUCCCCGCCCGCCUCCCCGGCCCCCGCCUCCUCCCCAGGCUUCUACCGGGGCGCGUACCCGGCCCCCUCGGACUUCGGCGUGCACUGCAGCAGCCAGACCACCGUGCUGGACCUGGACACUCACGUGGUGACCACGGUGGAGAACGGCUACUUGCACCAGGACUGCUGCGCCUCCGCCCACUGCCCCUGCUGUGGCCAGGGCGCCCCAGGACCCGGCCUGGCGUCCGCCGCCGGCUGCAAACGCAAGUAUUACCCUGGCCAGGAGGAGGACGAAGACGACGAGGAGGACGCGGGCGACCUGGGAGCCGAACCCCCCGGGGGCGCCCCGUUCGCCCCCUGCAAGCGCGCCCGCUUCGAGGACUUCUCCCCAGACUCGUCCCCGGACGCGUCCAACAUCUCAAACUUGAUCUCCAUCUUUGGCUCGGGCUUCUCGGGGCUGGUGAGCCGACAGCCGGACUCCUCCGAGCAGCCACCGCCGCUCAACGGGCAGCUGUGCGCCAAGCAGGCGCUCGCCAGCCUCGGCGCCUGGACUCGAGCCAUUGUCGCCUUCUAGGGACCCCCGAGGGCACGGGGCCCCGCGGGGCUGGGGCCAGACAAAGACUCGGCCAAGGGGCGAGAGGAGGGAGCGAACGGGCGCCUGGCCACCGGGGCUGAGCUGGGGUCGAGCCGGGGGAGGCGGCUGAUGUUUUAUAAAUUGUAAAAUAAAAAAAAAAGAAAUCUAAGA